AUGCGUGUCGGCUUCUUAGGUUUAGGGUUCAUGGGCACACCCAUGGCCCUGAAUCUCGCCCGCAAAUUCCCAUUGACCGUCUGGAACCGAAGUUCCUCCAAAUACACGGCGCUCAUACAAGCUGGUGCUAAGAUUGGCAAUACCCCGGCGGCAGUGGCUCAGGAAUCUGAUGUCAUUUUCACCAUGCUUUUCGAUGGCCCGGCGUUAACCUCGAUUCUCAACGACGACUUUACAGCGGCACUACGCGGUAAAACCUUGAUAAACACGAGCUCAAUCACUGUGGAAGUCAGCAAACACGUUGCGGAGCAAGUCCAAAGAGCGGGAAGCAACUUUAUCGAAAUGCCAGUCAGCGGCAGCAGGGUCCCGGCAGAGCAAGGCACAUUAGUGGGUCUCAUGGCCGGUGAUCCGGCCGUCACGGAGAGAAUGCGGGCGGUGGUGGAGCCGCUCACCUCCGCUACCGUGUACUGCGGACCAAUCGGUUCCGGACUCAAGACCAAGUACGCGGUCAAUCUCUACCUCAACAGCAUGACGGUCGCUCUUGCAGAGUCAUUCAGUCUUGCACGGGCGCAGGGCCUCGAUCUCGAUGCUUUCGGACAAGUACUCGACGCCGGGCCGAUGGCUUCUGCGUAUUCGAAAAUCAAAGUCGCUAAGAUUGUCAAUAGAAACUGGAAUCCACAAGCGUCUAUGAAGGACUGCUAUAAUAGCAUGCAACUCAUUACAGAAGCUGCGAGGCUGGCGAAUGUAGAGUCGCCUCUUGCAGAGUUGUGCCAUUCGAUCUACGGACAGGCGAACGUGGCCGGGCUGAGCGAGGAGGACAUGAUUGCGGUGUACAAAGUCUUCCAACCUUCAUAA